AUGGAGAAUAUUUUAAAUAAAAAUAUAUUUGAUGAACGUGACUUGAAGAAACUGUCUCCGGAAUAUACACCCCAUAAUGUUGUAUUACGGAUGCAGAUGAGAAGAGCGUUGGUAAAAGACACUCAUAACCAUCGUAUCCAUAGAAGUACUACUUGGACAAGAGAAUCUAUUAAGAAAAAUAAAAACAGCUAUAAUAUUAAUAAGGAAAUUGUGAAAUUGCGCCACAGCUUUAACAAUAUUAAUUUAAAGAAUCGACUAACUUUAAAAGGCCCGGAUACACUAAAAAUAAAAUCUGAAACUUAUGACGAAAAGCUAUUGAUGACCGAUAGUAUGGAAUCAAAAUUACAAAAUGAAGUUGGGGAAUAUAUAUUAUUACCUGAAUUACCUGAUGAAAAUGAAUUGGAAAUACGAAAUGAUAAUGAAUUCAAAUUAAAUACGAAAAUGAAACCUAAACGCAUUAGGUUCUCUAAAGAAACUCCAAAAGAUAGAAAAUUGAAAAUGUUGAAAGGUGAAUUGAUAGGUCUGAAUAAAGAUAUAAAUGAAAACAAUGAAGAUAUGUUUAGAGUGGCAUGUACCCAUAAGCUCGAGGAUCCUCUGAAAAAUGAAGAGCACGAGAAAACACCAAGCAAAAGUGAUUACAAAGAUUCGGUUCUACUCUCACCCAGGCCUGUUGGUGACUUACAAAAACUAUUGGUUAUGAUGGCCCUUACUUCUAAACCCACUAAAGAUGACGAAGAAAACGAUGAAAAUAAUAUCAGUAAUGGCGAAACACCUAGAAAUGAAUUGUGUUAUUACAACUUUGUUGAAAAAGAAAAUAUGGUGUCAAACAGUGGAAAUUGCGAAGGAAUCGAUAAUAUUUUAAGUAUAACACCUUUAAAAGUAAAAAUUAGAGAUAAGGAAAAAUUUAUUAUGGAGAAAUACGUAGAAAAGUGGAAGAAUUAUGUAAAUAAGAGAAAAAAGUAUAUGGAAGAGCAAAGGCAAGCAACUUUAAAUAGCUUUUUAGAUAAGAUUGCAAAGAAAAAGAUGGACAUACACCAAUCACAUGAACUUCAAAAUAAAGCUCAUCAGCAUCUUAGAGAUUACAAUACUUAUCAACAUAGGUAUAAGGUACAAAAACACAUAAUUGCUCUACAAAAAGCAAAACUUGAGGAACAAAAUCGGUUAAUCGAAGAAUUAAAGUACAAUAAGAUUAUAGACGCUUCACGACAAUCUGUGGAUGAUAUGAGAGAAGAAGUACGCAGAACUUAUUAUGAAAUAGAUCGUCAGUUAAAACCUAGAAUAAAAACCUUGACUAAGGAGUUGAAGAUCACUGACAUUGAAGAGCCGGCUCUCGUACUACAUUGUCUCAAAAUGCCACAGUUUUUGCAAAGGAUGGAGAAAAGAGCUCGUGAGCGGGAAGAAAAGCAUGCUAUGAUUCGCGAGAGAAGGCGCCAGAUGGAAGAAGACCGCAUUAGAAUAAAACAACAAAUGGAAUUGGCAAAAGCCGAAAUGGAUAAAGAGGAAAAAGUGAGACGAAUGAAAGAAUUGAAGGAAAAGAGGAAAAGAGAAAGAAUUGAGACCAUACGGAAGAAACAGUGGGCUGAACGGUUGCGAGGACUUAUUGUAAUGGCGGACUUGCAUUAUGAGAAAACCUUGGUGUUCAAAUAUGGUAUUGCUCCAUUACGAAAAUUGAUAGAAAUCAAACGAGACAGCAUGGAAAAAGCGAGAGCGCAUUAUAGAUUUCAGCUUAAGAAAAAUGUAUUUUUUCACUGGAUGUGGUAUACCGAAGACAUGUGGUACGAAAGAAAUUUUAAGGCUGAAAACUUUUACCGAAAAACAUUGUUACGUAAAACCUUCAAAGGUUUUAAAAUGAUUCACCAUAAGGUAAUUCUGAAGAAUCAAGUGGCUGACGACUACUACGAUUUAUACGUAACACACCUGGGUUUUAGAAUGUUACGAGAAGGCCUAAUGGCAAUCAGGAAGGAACAGGAGUCUAAAUGGCAAAAAGCAGUCAAUUAUCAUAACAGCAAUCUGCUAUUCAAAUCAUUUACGUGCUGGAGGACUUUGCCAGCUCUCAAUGCCUUAAAAAGGGAACAGGACGCCAGGAAAAAAAGAUGGAGAGAAAAAGUGCUGCAAGUAGUUCCAGAUUACUCGCCGCCGGACGAUUAA